GCCGACGUGGACUUGACACGAAACAUUGUCCUUUUCUUAGCUGUUUGACACGAUGCCUCCCAAAAACAAAGGCGCGAGUAAAAAGGCUGCAAAGACAAGGACGCCAACACUGAUCGAUGGACUGACCAAGGAGGAGCUAUCCAAAGAGCAGCUGAAGGAACACAUCGUGCGCCUUCGAGAGGAGCUGGAUAGAGAGAGAGAGGAGAGGAACUACUUCCAGCUAGAGAGGGACAGGAUACACACCUUUUGGGAUUGCACAGAAAGAGAGGGACAGGAGGUCAUGGCUCAACUGAAAAACAUGGACCAGGCAACUGAAGAGGAUGAGUGGCGCCACCAAGUGGAGAUCAAGGUGUACAAGCAGAAGAUGAAGCACCUCUUGUGCGAACACCAGAACACGAUCUCCGAGUUCAAAGCGUUUGACUCGCUCUCUGCUGACGCUCGACAGAAAGAGCAAGCAAAGCUGGAAAUUAAGCUUCACAAGGAAAUGACGGCCACCAUGGCAGACAUGCUUGUCAGCAAUGAAAACCUCGUCAAGGAACUUAAACUGAAACACCAUGAAGAAAUGGCAGAAACAAGGGACAGAUUUGAGAAGCAGCUCACGGAGAUUCAAGCCACUAAUGAGGAAAAGAUGGAGUUUCUGUCAAAAGAGUUGGAGGAGAAGAGGAAAAAUGAGCUCAGUGAGAGAGAGGAUCACUGGAACAGGCACAUCGCUGGUCUUAUAGAAGACCAUAACAAUGCUCUGAAGGCUGUGAAUGAGUGUGUGAGUGACAUCCCACAGGUUCUGGAUAAUUGUGACUCACUUAAGGCACAAAUUAAAGAGAUGAAGAUCCAACUGAAGAAGAAAAAGGACCUGAUCCCCGUCACACACGAUAACAAACAUCUUGCCGAGUGCCUCUCGAAAGUCAAGGAGGAAAUUGCUGAGAAAGAGAAAAAAAUUGACAGAAUAAAAAAGAUUAAUUCUGACACUCAUCAGAAGCUCAAAGAAGCGCAGCUGAGUGAUCUGAAAAAGAAUCAUGAGGCAAUGAAGCAGAAAUUCAACAAGCUUCAGCUGGAAAGGGAUGAGCUGUACAAGACGUUCCCUGAGAUAAUUGAGAGGGAGCAACACAGAGCGGGUCUAAAGAGCGCACUGCUGGAGACCAAGCUGAAAUCCAUGACUGACCACCUGGAGAAGACACAGGCUCAGCUCCUCUCUGUGCUUUCUGCAUCAAACAUGGACCAAACAGCCCUCUGUGAGCUCACAAAGAAAAUUGAGGAAAGUCUUGACUCAAGUAACAAUGCUAUUAAGGACUCAGAGUUUAAAAAAGCAAAGAUAUCCAAGGCACGCGAGGAUUUGAUGCUGGUCUAUGAAAUAAAGCUAAGGGCCCUUGGUGUCCCAGUUGAAGAGACCCUUGGGAUCAGUCUGGCUAGAAAAAGUCCUGGACAGACUAAAAAUCAGUCCAAAGAGCUCACUUCUCUGCAUGCAGGCAGAGAAUGAGAAGCAGUUUGAUCCAAAUGAAGCAUUUACACCAUUGUAUAGUCUUUGAAUCUUAAUAUAUAUUCUUAAUA